CCACGCAACGCCACUGGCGUUAGCUUUAAGGUUAAUGGUUAGACUUGACAUAUACCGUCCUGCCCCGGGCCAAUCAUGCAACUGACGCUCAGCCCUGCUCCGCAGAACCGUUGUUCUAGAUUGCGACAUUCGGUCGCGCACGCGGGCAUGGCGAGCGAGAGGAGGGACUUUUCCGCUGCUAGUGGACAAUCGUCCGAGAGAGAGGCCCAUUUGGGGCUCGGUGUGCCGACACUGCGUGGUCUUUUGGCAAGAAUUAGCCUGAUGAGAGAUAAAGGCUCUACAAACAAUUAAAUACACAGCCCAGCGCUCUUCCCUUCUGCUUCCAAUUCCAGACAAGCCUUCCUGCAGCUCGUUGCUGAGACAUUCGAACCACACCAACCCCCCCAAUUCGCAGCCAUGGACACUACACUCUACCAAUACACUUGGGUUUUCGCCAUUGGCACUCUGUUUGCCCUCUUGGAUGCUUUCAACAAUGGAGCCAAUGAUGUUGCCAACUCCUGGGCUACCAGUGUCUCAUCGCGAUCCAUAUCUUACCGACAGGCCAUGAUCUUGGGCACCAUUUUCGAAAUGCUUGGCGCCAUCACUGUUGGUGCUCGCACUGCUGAGACUAUCAAGAACGGUAUCAUUCCCGCCACAGCCUUCAAUGGCAACGCUGGUGUACAGAUGCUUGCCUUCACCUGUGCUCUCGCUGCUGCUUCAUCCUGGGUCAUGUGGUGCACUCGCCACUCUGCUCACGUCUCCUCUACCUACUCCCUCAUCUCUGCCGUGGCUGGUGUUGGUGUUGCCACUGUUGGCGCCUCCAAGGUCCAGUGGGGUUGGAACAACGGAAAGGGUCUUGGUGCCAUCUUUGCUGGUCUUGGCAUGGCGCCCGCCAUCUCUGGUGCCUUUGCAGCCACCAUUUUCAUGCUCAUCAAGCUUGUUGUUCACAUGCGCAAGAAUCCCGUCCCUUGGGCUGUUUACACAUCUCCUUUCUUCUUCCUCAUCGCCGCCACCAUCUGCACUCUGUCUAUCGUUUACAAGGGUUCUCCCAAGUUGGGUCUGAACAAGAAGCCUGCCUCUUACAUCGUUGCCGUCACUCUUGGCACUGGCGGUGCGGUCGCCGUCGCUUCUGCUCUCUUCUUUGUCCCUUAUAUCUACGCCAAGAUCAUCAAGCGCGAUGCUUCUGUCAAGUGGUGGAUGUUCGUCUACGGCCCCCUCCUCCUCAACCGCCCUACUCCUAUUGAUGCCAGCGCUGCUGUUGUCCCCGACUAUGCCGUUGUCCAGGAGGAUGAUUCCGAUGCUUCUUCCACUGAAGCUGGCGAGGCUGGCCAUGUCGAUGAGAAGGGCAACUAUGUUGCCAAGACCGCCCCUGUCGCAGCCAACACCAGCCUUGAAGCCCUCGAGUCUAACAAGUCCUACGCUCAGCUGAUGGCCGAAGGUGAGGCUCGCUUCCACGCCAAGCUUCGCCAGAAGCGAGGCCCUAUUGGCUGGGCGAUGCGUACUCUCCACGAGAACCCCAUGGGCCCUGGCCAGAUUUACGAAUUGAGAAACAUGAAGAUCCUCGCCAAGCGUCUGCCUGCCAUGAUCACCUGCGGUCUCCUCUACGGUCUUCACUACGACAUCCACGCUGCUCAGUCUGGCAUCCACGGUACCCCAGAGGGUGAGCGCAUGAAGCGUGUGUACGCUGCUGCUGAAAAAUACCCCAACGAGGUUGAGCACACCUACUCCUUUGUCCAGGUUUUGACGGCUUGCACUGCUUCUUUUGCUCACGGCGCGAACGACAUCGGUAACUCCGUCGGUCCUUGGGCUGUCAUCUACACUGCAUGGAAGACUGGAAAGACUACUGGUGCCACUGCUCCUGUUGACCUCUGGCAGAUUGCUGUCCUGGCUCUUGCUAUUUCCUUCGGUCUCAUCACAUACGGCUACAACAUCAUGAAAGUCAUGGGUAACAAGAUCACCUACCACUCUCCUAGCAGAGGCUGCUCUAUGGAAAUGGGUGCUGCCAUCACCGUUCUUGUUUUCUCUCAGUUCUCGCUCCCUGUCUCUACCUCCAUGUGCAUUACUGGUGCCACCGUUGGUGUCGGUCUCUGCAAUGGAACUCUCAAGGCUGUCAACUUCCAGCGAGUUGGCCUUCUUCUUCUUUCUUGGAUCAUGACCAUCCCAAUUGCUGGCACUCUUGGUGGUGUGCUUAUGGGUUUGUUUUUGAACGCGCCCAAGUUUUAGAAGGACCGCACGGCACCUACUUGUUGGCCCCGACCGCGUCCCAUUACCGUACAAUUUGUGAUAUCCCAGACAACAAAACUUGCAUUGCCUGCGUAUGUAUUUAUUACCCAAAGAUUUUAUUGUUUUUAUUAAAAUAACA